AUGUACAACCUAGCUCGUAUGCAGCUCUCGAGAAACCGCCGAUCAGGGACCUUCUUCCAGCAAAAAUGGGCAGCCAAGUCUCUCACCCGUGGUUAUCACGGCGGCACCAUGCGCGAGGGCGACUGGGAGCGCAUGUUCUCUCGUCGCCUCCUCGGCACUGUCGACAUCGACCCUGCCUACCUCGCCCGGUACGAUGGUUCUGAACAGGCUGCCGGCCGCGGCUCCGGCAGGGACCUCAAUCCCAACGACCGCAGGCCCGCCGUCUCGGCAGACCAGUUCUCGAAAUCAUGGAACGCCCGCCGCCGCAUGUUCGAAAACGAGGCCAACAGCGUGAGGUCCGAUACCUAUCACCACGUAGGUGCCAAACGUGUGAUCGAAUACGACGAUGUCUGGAUCAAGACGAACGACGUCGCCAAACAGAUGACCCCCUAUAUGCAGAUGACCUACGCACCACUGGAGAGGCGGUUGGAGGUUGCCAUCUUCAGGGCCAUGUUUGCGAGCAGCACACUGCAGGCGAGACAGUUUUGCAUCCACGGCGCCGUUAGGGUCAACGGUCAACUGAUGCGAUCCCCAGGCUAUCUCCUCAACCCCGGCGACAUGUUCCAGGUCGAUGUCGAGCGUGUCCUCUACGCCACCGGCAAGCCCAAGAACCCCCAAGAGAUUGCGCGUCUCGACAAGCUCCUGCGGGAGCGCGAGGAGCGCGAAGCCGCCGCCGAGGCCAAGGACGCUGCCCUGCGCGCCGCCAAGCGCCAGGAGCUCGCCGACAAGCUCAAGGCCGGCGACCGCGGCGGCGGUGAGGGCCCCUCGGCCGAGGCCUCAGAGCAGGCCACAGGCGAGACGGCUGUCGAGGCAGAGUCGGAAGCCGCCGUCGAGGCUGCGGCCACCGACGCCGACGCGGCCGGCAUGCUCGGCGAGGACGGAGAGCCCAUGACGGAGGACGAGCGCGCCGCUCAGCACAAGCGCCAGCUCAAGAAGCUCAUCCAGGACGCCAAGACGCUCCUCAAGGACGGCCAGGACAAGAUGAGCGCCAAGCACAAGCAGCGCGUCCGCCUCUUCCUCUCCGAGGCCAAGCGCGCCAUCUCCCGCCUCGGCAAGAACGCCGCGGCUCUCGACCCGGACGCCGACCUCUCCCGCGACUCGGUCAUGACCCAGCUCGCCACCAUCCUCAAGGGCCUCAACCUCGACCACGCCCAGCAGGCCAAGGCUGAGGCCGACGCCGCCGCCGACGCCGCUGAGCCCACACCCCAGACCUGGGAGCAGGAGCUCCAGACCCUCACCAAGGCCGAGCAGGACGCCCUCGCGCGCCUCCUCGCUGAGGACGCCGAGAACCCCGUCGACGAGACGAAACCCUACCUCACCCCCUGGCAGCCGCGCCGCUACAUCGCCCCCUUCGCCUUCAUCCCCCGCUACCUCGAGGUCAAUCAGAACAUCUGCGCCGCCGUCUACCUCCGCCACCCUGUCGCCCGCCGCGGCGAGGCCGAGGUCCCCACCCCCUUCCCCAUCGACCAGAACCAGCUGGCCUUCAACUGGUACCUCAGGAGGCGUUAG